GAGAGAGAGAGAGAGAGAAGGAAGGACGAGGCAUCGAUCUAUGCAACCGACGCAGAAGCCAUCGGUAGCAUUGGGUCCAUUGAUUGGGAAAGACGGAUUGAUCUUAAUUAUACGAAGCGCAGAUUAUGAGCUGGUUUGAUAAGCUUCGGUGUUCUUCUAAUCUCAGCCGCUUCAUUGCCGGCCUUCUCAUCUUCAUGCUCUAUCAUUCCUUUCAAUUAAUUUCCAAUUUCUUGAUUCCUAUACACCCGUAAAAGUAGCAGAAUUAAGUCUUGUUCUUUCAAUAAAAACACGAAGAAAACCUGCUGAAUUUGUCCAAACUCGUUGAUUCGUUUCAUGAUGGAGUUCAAAGAUUCAAUUUCUAGCAAUUUUCUCGACGGAAAUUUUCCCUCACGUAUUGAGAGGCAACACAGUUCACUCCCUUCGGUCAUUGUGAUUGGAGGGGGUAUUUCGGGGAUCGCUGCUGCACAUAUUCUCCAGAAUGCAUCUUUUAAGGUGAUCUUGUUGGAGUCACGAGAUAGAAUUGGUGGCCGUAUCCAUACUGACUACUCAUUUGGGUGCCCAGUAGAUAUGGGAGCAUCAUGGCUACAUGGUGUUUGCAAUGAGAAUCCUUUGGCUCCCCUGAUACGUCGGUUGGGCCUUUCGUUAUACCGCACGAGUGGUGAUAAUUCAGUGCUAUAUGACCACGAUUUGGAAAGCUGCGCACUUUUCGGUAUGGAUGGCCAUCAAGUUCCUCAAAAGACGGUUAUAGAAGUUGGAGAUGUAUUUAAGACGAUUCUAAAGGAGACAGAGAAAGUAAGGGAUGAACAUAAGGAUGAUAUGUCUGUUCUGCAAGCAAUAUCGAUUGUGCUGGAGAGACAUCCUGAAUUAAGACAAGAAGGACUUGCUCAUGAAGUAUUGCAAUGGUACAUAUGUAGAAUGGAAGCUUGGUUUGCUGCAGAUGCAGAUAUGAUAUCUCUGAGUACCUGGGAUCAGGAGCAAGUUCUUUCUGGAGGUCAUGGACUUAUGGUGCAAGGUUAUUAUCCUAUAAUUAAUGCUCUGGCAAAAGAUAUUGAUAUACGCCUGAAUCACCGGGUUGCAAAAAUAUCCAAUAGGUCUAAUAAGGUGACGGUUACAGUUGAUGAUGGGAGGAGCUUUGUUGCCGAUGCUGCCAUUAUAACAGUUCCCCUUGGUGUUCUCAAAGCCAACUUAAUUGAGUUUGAGCCAAAAUUGCCGGAGUGGAAGGUCACCGCAAUAUCUGAUCUUGGUGUGGGCAAUGAGAAUAAGAUUGCUUUACGAUUUGAUAAUAUCUUCUGGCCGAAUGUGGAAUUAAUGGGUAUUGUUGCGCCAACUUCUUAUUCAUGUGGCUAUUUUCUUAAUCUCCACAAAGCAACAGGACAUCCUGUCCUUGUCUACAUGGCUGCUGGUAGGUUUGCUUAUGAUCUUGAGAAGCUAUCUGAUGAGUCUGCUGCAAAUUUCGCAAUGCUGCAGCUCAAAAAAAUGUUUCCUGACGCAACUGAGCCAGUUCAGUAUCUUGUAUCGCGUUGGGGAACAGACCCAGAUUCGCUGGGAUGUUACUCAUACGAUUUAGUUGGAAAGCCAAGUGAUGUGUAUGAUCAACUUCGAGCACCACUGGGCAGUCUUUUCUUUGGAGGUGAAGCUGUUAGCAUGGAACACCAGGGAUCUGUACAUGGAGCCUACUCAGCUGGAGUUAUGGCUGCAGAAAAUUGUCGGAGGCAUCUUAUGGAGAGACUCGGUAGCUUGGAAAAGAUCCAACUUAUCUCCCUCAGGGAAGAAAUGCUUGAAGUCACUGUUCCCCUCCAAAUCUCGAGGAUGUGAGAUACUUAUUUACAUAUGAUAUGUUCAAGAAUGUUAGUAAGAGUAAUUGUCUAUCCAACUUAAUUUCUAUGUUGUUGCUAAAUUGAAGAGUUUAAUUGAUGUUGUGGAUGCACUAGUACACUAUAGAGGAAGGCUGGCUAAUGUUUAUUGUUGUGCUUCUCAUUAUUUCGGUUUGUAAUUGUUUGGUAAGGGGUAGGCUGAGUGAAUGUUCCCGUCCCGUCCCGUUAGGGGAGAUGCGUACAUCUCUCCCUUCUACAAAGACUUGGCAACUGCGGAUGUAAGUUGAGAGAGAGACCUAUUUGUUGAAUUUAUGUUUUAUUGCAUAAAUCAUUAAGGUCUUAUGGUGGGAUGGUAAACAAGUGGAUCCGCCUAAUUUAUAUAAUAAAUUAGUUGUAUUUUGGUGGAGUUUUGUAAUCCCG